GUUUAUAUCUUCAACGCGUUCAUAUACUUUAUUCGGCUUACGAUUAUUAGCUUUCAUAUUAAAAGCAAGUUACGACGGGGUCGGAAGUCAGACCGUGGAGAUACCCGUCUAUCUAUCUUCCAGUUGUUUAAUGAUUUUACCAAGAAAUAUUGAUAAAAAGUAAUUCAGCCUGUUAAAAAACUGCAACUGCAAUAAGCUGGACAGUGUCAUCGGAAUCAUUGAUUUAUCGAAAAUAUCGGCUAUGGUACCAAUAUAAUCAUGGAACCCCGAAGAUUAAUGAUAGUGCUGUGCAUCAUUGUAAUAACCGUCAGCAAGCAUUCCAAGGCGCUGCCAGCUCAAAAUGAACGUAUUAUAUUUCGCGACGAUCUUCAAAAUCUUGCAGUACCCAGCAUCUCUCCUGGGGCUCCUAAUUUGCUCGCGCCUAUUAAAAUAACAGAGAUGCGCGUGCGCUCCGAAAUAGCCCUGCGUUAUGCUUGCACAUCUGUGAUAACUUAUGUGAAAAACCCAGGCACGAGGCCGCAGGAGGCCACGUUGCGGAUGCUGCUACCUGACACCGCCUUCAUCACUAACUUUACUAUGUUUUUGGGUGGAAAAUCCUACAAAGCGUAUGUAAAAGAAAGAGAAGAAGCUUCACGAAUUUACAGUGAAGCAGUAUCACAGGGGGCUAGUGCAGCUCACAUUGCUACUGAAGCUCGCGAUUCUAACCACUUCACGGUAUCUGUCAACGUGGAAGGCAACACUACAGCUAUCUUCGACUUGAGAUACGAAGAGUUUCUUGUCCGCCGUAACGGGUUGUACAAUCAUGCCAUCAACCUACACCCUGGCGCACUUGUUCCGAAAAUGGAGGUCGUUGUGCAUAUUAAAGAGUCACAAAAGAUCACUAAACUAUUCGUACCCGAAGUGAGGACCGGUAAUGAAAUUGAUGCGACUGAAAGGGACGCACAAAAUUCAAAAGCCGUCAUUCGAUAUGGUAUAUCUAAGCGUGAAGUAACCGUCUCUUUUGCUCCCGAUCUGCUAGAACAGGAAAGACUUGCUGAAGUAUAUGAGCUCAAAUCCAAAAGAAAGGAUUCAGUGGAAAAAUACAUUGGUUAUAGUAGUGAUGAGGAGGAGGAAGUAAAUAAAGGAGUACUCGGCCAGUUUGUAGUACAAUAUGACGUACAACAAUCAAAUAAGGGUGAAAUCUUGGUAAAUGAUGGAUAUUUUGUUCAUUUCUUGGCCCCGACUUCACUUCCGCCAUUGAGUAAGCACGUGGUGUUCGUGCUAGAUACUUCUGGAUCCAUGAUGGGCCGAAAAAUUGAACAGCUGCGUAACGCCAUGGAUGCCAUUCUAUCGGACCUCAACCCAAAUGAUUAUUUCAAUAUAGUUGAAUUUAACUCCGAUGUUACAGUGCACGAAUUGAAGGAGGCCGAUGAUGUGCAGUCAGAUUGGAAGAGUCACGCCACGUUGGUACCACCUUCUCGCGCCUCGCCGGAAAACAUUAAUAAAGCAAAAGUUAUUGUAUCCGAGCUCGAUGUCUCCGGAGUAACCAAUAUCUUCAACGCACUGGAUGUGGCCAUCAAUCUUGUUAGACAAGAUGUUCCUGAAAGAAAACGAAUCAGAAUCGACAGUUGGGAACGCGGGUACCAAGGGAACUGUCACAAACAGGAGUUGGAGCGCAUGAUAAUCUUUUUGACGGACGGAGAUGCCAACGAAGGUGAAACUAGCAUCGCUCGCAUCACUACGUCAAUAACUAAGAAAAACUCUGGAGCGAAACGGGCGGCCUUGUACUCAUUAGCUUUCGGUGAAGAGGCGAACCGUAUUUUUUUACGCGAGCUCUCUCUUCGUAACGAGGGUUUCAUGAGGCAUAUAUACGAGGCAGCUGAUGCGGCGCUACAGCUGCAAGACUUCUACCGACAAGUAUCCUCGCCACUCCUCUCUCACGUACAGUUCCUCUACCCUCGCCGACAGAUAAAAGAAGGUUCGGUGAGUCGUAACCUGUUCCGCACUAUUAACUCGGGUGCGGAGGUGGCAGUGGUGGGUCAGAUCGCGGAAAAUGUUACAGAGAUUACGCCGACAGUUCGUGGUUUGCGAAGCAGUGACAAUGGCCUCGGCAGGACACGUUACGAAACAACUUCGAAAGUGGUCGUAAAUCGCACUACGGGCGAGUAUUUGCCCCUGGAGCGGUUGUGGGCGUACCUCACCAUCAAUCAGCUGCUGGACAAACGAGAUGCUGGAAAUUACUACAGCACGGAUGAGAACAGCCCCGAGGAGAGGGCGCUCUCUAUAGCCCUUACGUACGCGUUCGUGACACCCGUGACGUCACUUGUAAUAGUCAAGCCAAUCGCAAACCACUCUGAUGUUCACGAAGUACUAUCUACAUCCUCGCGUACACCUCGUACAAGUAACUGGCCAGUUAUGAGACCGAUUGUUCCACAAGCGAUGACGCAAAGCGAUCUCGAGAAUCAACCUACGGGGCGGUUUCUUGAUGGGAAAAGUUUCAAACCCAUGAUAAAAAGUGGUUAUACUGCAUUAUCUGACUCUUCAAACCCAACAGGAGCUGUAGUUCUAAUUUCAUCAACUCGGCUUCAUCGUCCCGAAAGUUGGAAUAGCUAUAACAGACAUCGAGAUCGUCUCAAUCAACUUGGACGUUGGAACUUUGGCAAUCACAACCAUCAAUAUGGCAGACCGGGAAAGGAGUCAGAAGCGGUUUAUGAAACUACUACUGACUACCAUGUCUAUGGAAGACAUGUUGAAGAUGGUAACUUAUUAGAAUCAAUAGUUCCCAAUCCUGUCGUCAAGAUUCACAGAAGCAAAAGUCAAGGUGAAGUAUUACAAGAAAAUGAACUUAACGAGUACAGACCAAGCAAAAUUCAAGGUAAAAUAUUACAAGAAAUUGAACCUAAGGAGUACAGACCAAUCGAAAUUGAAGAUGAUGACACAGUCGCAACAUUUGUGCUUAGUCCCGACUUCAAUACCUACAGAAGCAAGAAUGAAGAGUCGACAGAUCCCAACUAUGAAGUUGACUCCAAUGAAAAUCUUGAGAACGCCAUAUAUGCUUUUGCACGAAUAGAAUCCGCAGGCAAGAGCAACGAGUCUUUUGUUGUACUCCGAACCAAUGAAACCCAAAUAACUCUCAAGCUUUCGACGGACGAUAACACGCCGAAAUCGCAUGGGGGAGAUGAAGAAUGCACGAACUCGAUAGCAAUGGACGAGAAUGGAAACACGGGAGGCUUGUGUGUGUAUAUCUCGCGGUGUUACGACUUCCGGAGUAUAUCUGCUGAGGAUUAUCUAAAUAGCUACUGCGUCGUUGACAAUAGCUAUGCCGGCAUUUGCUGCCCAAGAAAUCACGUCGAUGUCAUUUUCUAAAACACCGAUCAAGAGCGUGGUGUGCGAGAAACCGGGGCGCUUGAACAAGCUAAAAUUAGCAUUAAAACCGAUGGACACACGGA